UGGAAAGGGGUGGCAGAGGGUAGGGGGUGGGGGGCGCGGAGGCUGCGUCAUGGAGCGCCCUUGGCCCCUGGUCAGCUCCCUGUGCCUCCUGCUCGCGGGGGCCGCCUGGGCGCCCCCUCCCAACCUCCAGGACCCCAAGUUUGAAAGCAAAGCGGCCCUGCUCGCAGCCCGCGGGGCCGAAAGCCUCCUGUGUUUCACUGAGCGCCUGGAGGACCUGGUGUGUUUCUGGGAAGAAGUGGCCGUGGCCGGGGUGGGCCCGGCCAACUACAGCUUCUCCUACCAGCUGGAGGGAGAACCCUGGAAACUAUGUCGCCUGCACCAGACGGCCACAGCCCGCGGCACCGUGCAUUUCUGGUGCUCGCUGCCCACGGCCGACACGUCCAGCUUCGUGCCCCUGGAGCUGCGAGUCACGGCGGUGGCCUCGGGCGCUCAGCGCUACAGCCGUAUCAUCCACAUCAACGAAGUGGUGCUCCUGGACGCCCCCACAGGCCUGCUGGCCAGACAGGCCGAGGACGGGAGCCACGUGGUGCUGCGUUGGCACCCGCCGCCCGGGGCACCCAUGGCAUCCCACAUCCGCUAUGAGGUGGACGUCUCUGCCGGCAGCGGUGCAGGCGGGGUGCAGAGGGUGGAGAUCCUGGAGGGUCGCACGGAGUGCGUGCUGAGCAACCUGCGUGGCGGGACGCUCUACACCUUCGCCGUGCGCGCGCGCAUGGCCGAGCCCAGCUUCGGCGGCUUCUGGAGCGCCUGGUCCGAGCCUGCGGCGCUGCUGACCGCCAGCGACCUGGACCCCCUCAUCCUGACGCUGUCGCUCAUCCUCGUGCUCAUCUUGUUGCUGCUGGGCGUGCUGACCUUGCUGUCGCAUCGCCGGGCUGUGAAGCAGAAAAUCUGGCCUGGCGUUCCCAGCCCGGAGAGCGAGUUUGAGGGCCUCUUCACUGUCCACAAGGGAGACUUCCAGCUCUGGCUGUACCAGAACGAAGGCUGCCUGUGGUGGAGCCCGUGCACCCCCGACGUGGAGGCCCCCCCAGCCCCCCUGGAAGUCCUGUCUGAACACUCCUGGGGGGCAGCGGUGCAGGCCGUGGAGCCGGAGGCCGGCAGUGAUGACGACACGGGGCCCCUGCUGGAGCCGGUGGGCGGCGAGCACGCCCAGGACUCCUACCUGGUGCUGGACAAGUGGCUGCUGCCGCGGAGCCCGCCCAGCCAAGCCCCGUCGGGGCCCGGAGACAGCGCCGACCUAGCAGCUGUGGAUGAAGGCUCAGAAGCGUCUUCGUGCUCCUCCUCGGGGGCCCUGGGCAUGAAGCCCAGGGCAGAAGGGGCUUCUGCCGGCAGCUUUGAAUACACCAUCCUGGACCCCAGCUCCCAGCUCCUGCACCCACGUGCGCCAGCCCCUGCGCUGCCCCCCACCCCACCCCACCUCCAGUAUCUUUAUCUGGUGGUGUCCGACUCGGGUAUCUCUGCGGAUUACAGCUCGGGGGGCUCCCCGGAGGCCGGCCCCUACACUAACCCUUAUGAGAACAGCUUCAGGCCGGCCUCCGAGCCUCCACCCCCCAGCUACGUGGCCUGCUCUUAGCACGGACACCUGCAGGUGCGUCGGGCGGGGGCAGAGAACCAGAACUUUUGAAGGGGGCUGCCCAAUCCAUCCAGCUCAGGGAAACUCAACCUCGUGCUAUUGUUACGUAUAGUGGAGUUUUCUGUGUAUAUAUAAAAGACAUGUACUUUUCUA